UUGUGAGAUAAGCAGUUCUGAAGACUGAAGGCUCAACGCUCUUCCACCUCCAGCUCCAGCUCAGGGUAAAUACGUACGUGGGGAAGAGAGGCAUGUCUGCGAAGGCCGGCAAGCCCCUGGUCCAGACCGACGCGGGGGCGUACAUCGCUUGGUCCGGUGCUGACCAGCCGGAGCUCGCAACGGAGGGGCUCGGGUGUGGCCUUCUCGUGCUGAGGCCCCUCGGCUUCGCGCUGCCGCACUAUGCUGACUCCAACAAGUUCGGUUACGUCCUCGGUGGCUCCGGGGUGGCUGGGGUCCUCCCGGUUGACGCCAAGGAGAGGGUCGUCCGCCUGAAGGCCGGCGACGUCAUCGCCGUGCGCACGGGGGACGUCUCGUGGUGGUACAACGACAACGACGGCCACGCUGAUGACUUGUCCAUCCUGUUCAUAGGCGACACGGGGCGCGCCCUCAGCCCGGGGGACAUCUCGUACUUCUUCCUCGCCGGCGGCAACAGCGUCCUGAGCGGCCUUGACGCGGGCCUCCUCACCAGGGCGUGGCCUGGUGUGACGGAGGAGCAGGCGGCCACCGCGUUCCGGAGCCAGCCGGCCGUCCUCCUCACCAGGCUGAGCGCGAAGCUGCCCGGCGUAUGCCCGCGCGAGCACGACAGGAAAGGGCUCGUCGUGAACGCCGGCCACGUCGCCGCAGGGACCCUGAAGACGCUCACCGGGUCGGAUCUGGACGCGCUGGGCGGCCUCGGAUUCAGCGCGGUGCUCCGGCGUCUCGAGCCCGGCGCCGCGAGCGCGCCGUGGGUGCUUCGCGAGGGCGCAGCGCAGGCGGUGUACGUGGCACGUGGGAGCGCGCGCGUCCAGGUCUCGUCUGCCGCGGGCGACACGCUGCUGCUGGACGAGGAGGUCCCCGCGGGGAGCUCGUUCGUUGUGCCACGGUUCGCCGUUGCGCUCGUCGCCGCCGGCGCUGAUGGUGCUGAGUGGGUCUCGCUGAUCAAGAGCGCCAGGCCGGCGGUGGAGCACCUGACCGGGGAGGGCUCUAUUUUCGGCGGCCUGACUCCACAGGUGGUGCAGGCAUCGCUGAAGGUGGCGCCGGAGCUGGUGAAGCUGCUCUGAGCGGUGGUGACCGACUCUCGGUGCACGUGUGCGUUUACUUUCUCUCGUGCGUGUCAAAUACGCUUUCUCCAACAAGAAGAUCGUCGUGCACGCUGUAUGCUGUGGCGACGUGUAUCACUUGGUCUGUGAUUGUACGCUGUACCGUCCUUUUUUCCCCUUCCGAAUAAAAGUGUUAAAUAUCACGGCCUCUGUAUUGAUGGAUGCAUGUAACCCCCGUGCUGUACGUGCUUAAUUACGUGAAUAAGUUGUUUUUAGGGAAAA